AUGACCCUGCAGCAGCCGCACCUGGCCCUGAAAGGGGGCUCCCCCGCGGCUCUGUACAUUCACAGCAUGCCUGCCUGGGUGCUGGAGGACUUCUGCCAGAAGAUGGACUGCCUGAGUGACUACGACUGGAUGCGAUUCGCCUCGUACGUGAUAACUGAUCAAACAGAGCUACGGAAAAUCAAGUGCAUGGAGAAGACGGGGAUCAGCAUAACAAGAGAGCUCAUGUGGUGGUGGGGAGUGAGGCUGGCGACAGUGCAGCAGCUCCUGGACCUGCUGCAAGCACUGCAGCUCUACCGAGCGGCCCAAGUCAUUCUGGACUGGACAUCAGCCUCUAAUAUUACCAGCUCUGAAAAAGAAGAGCUGGUAGAGCCGCCUAAACAGGAGAACAUAUCUUUAACUCCCACAGAAAACAAAAAUAGAGAGAGAGAAAAUGAGAUAAGUCUGUUGCCAUCACCAGACUCUUCACAUCUGGGAGCAUCACCAGCAGGAAUUUCAGGUGCUGUUUCUGAAGGAGCCUUGUAUUCGCUCCCUUCUCCACCACCUCCCCCAAGAGACCUUUUGAAAUCCUUACAGUCAAAUUGUCCUGUUCCAUCAAGUGUGAAGCCUUGCAGCUCUUCUACUCCUCAGCAGGAGACAAUGAGUGAUCUCCCCAGCGGGAGUCUUUUGUGGACCCAGAAGGAAGUUACUAAUGCCACAAAUGGUUUCAGUGACAAGAGCCGAAUUUGUGAAGGUACUUUUGCGGAUGUCUACAAAGGUCAGAGGAACAACAUAGUGUAUAUCAUCAAAAGACUGAAAGAGAUGGAAUGCACAAGCCCAAAUUCCACCCAAAGAUUCUUUCACACAGAAGUACAGAUUUGCUUUCGGUGUUGUCAUGUCAACAUUUUGCAGCUGCUGGGCUUCUCAGUAGAAACUGGGUUGCACUGUCUGAUAUAUCCAUACCUGCCUAACGGAUCGCUACAAAACAAACUUCAGUGUCAAGAUGAUUCUGCUCCACUGACCUGGGAGAUGCGAAUUAACAUUUCUAUAGGACUCAUCCGAGCUGUAGAGUAUUUACAUAAUUUUGGAAUUCUUCAUGGGAAUAUCAAAAGCUCAAAUGUCUUGUUAGAUGAAAACUUUACACCAAAGCUUGGACAUUCAGGUCUGCGAUUGUGCUGUGUUGAUAAAAAAUCAGAAUAUGCUAUGAUGAAAACCAAAGUCCUACAAGCUUCCCUUACUUAUCUGCCGGAAGAUUUUAUCAGACAUGGGCAGUUAACAGAAAAAGUUGAUAUGUUCAGCUGUGGUGUGGUCUUAGCAGAGAUUCUGACAGGGAUUAAGCCACUGGAUGAAGGAAGACACCCUGUUUAUCUGAAAGAUAUGAUUGCUGAUGAAAUUCAAAUAGCGAAAGAAAGCUCAUACUCCAAAGUAAAAAAUUUUGAAAAGCUAGCUGCCAAGGAAAUAUGCUGUAAAUAUCUAGACAGGAAAGCAGGACACUUGCUGGAAGAGGUUGCUAUUGAUUUUGCCUCGGCCAUCUGCCUUUGUCUGAGAAAGAAGAAUUCUAACAUAGCAGAGGUGCUUGAAAUUAUGGAAAUAGCUGAAAAUAAAUUUAGAGAGCAUUACAUCUGUGGAGGCAGCACUUCUGGAUUCUCCAUGAACACUCCAGAAGAAACGGAUGAUGAGACAACUAGUCUCAGCAUGGAUGUGCUUUCUGCGGGAGAGAAUAAAGAGGACAGCACACAGCCAGUGAUCCUGACAAGUGCCAAUCCAUGCACACCUUUAAUAGGAGCUGUGUCACCUGACAUUUACUGCGGUCAAAUGUCAAGGGUCCCUUGUGAAUCAGAUGAAUCAAGCAGUUUUAUAUGGAAUCCUUCAGAAAGAUCUACAGAUGAGCUAUCUAGCAACAGCUGUAACAAUUCAGAAAAUACAGCAGCCUCUGUUUACAGGAUCAAGCAGGAAAAUCCUGCAAAUGGACUCCAGGAAAGAAAUGCGGCAUGCACCAAAAGCGAUGACGUCUUGGAAGCGGUGUCUACUGCACAGAGCACCUUUCAACAACAAAAUGAAGACCUUGACUCUUCAUGUUCUUCACAAGCAUUAGCCAGAGAGACAUCUUGGAAAAUAAAGAUAAAUGAUCAAAAAAAGAAGCUAAUGGAAAAUAUUUUGCUCUAUGAAGAAGACAAACUAAACAGUUCUGAACUUUUUGAAUCAUAA